CUAAACUUCAACACCUCCUCCUCCUCCUCCCCUCUUCUCCUCUCUCUGGUUUUCUCUUUUUCACUUAACCUUAGUUUUCCCAUAUUUCUCAUGGAUGUUUACUUCAUGUUGUUAUACUGUCUUCCUCUCUUUUAUUUCUUCCUCUUUCUCUUGAAAAUUAUUGAUCGAAGGAGACACCAGUCUUGUUACAUAUUAGACUAUGAAUGCUACAAACCAACCGAUGAUAGAAUGCUCAGCACUCGGUUCUCUGGUGAAGUCAUAAGAAGAAACAAGAACCUCGGCCUCCUCGAGUACAAAUUCCUCUUGAAAGCCAUUGUUAGAUCCGGCAUUGGUGAACAAACAUAUGCACCAAGAAUGGUCUUCCACAACAGAGAAGAGUGCCCUACUCAAGAUGAUGGGAUCGAAGAGAUGGAGGAAUUUUUCUAUGAUUGCAUUGACAAAGUUUUGAAGAGGAACGGCAUUUCGCCGUCCGAGAUUGAUGUGCUAGUGGUGAAUAUUUCCAUGUUAGCUGCGGUCCCAUCUCUAUCAGCUAGAAUUGUCAAUCAUUAUAAGAUGAGGGACAACAUCAAGACCUACAAUCUCACUGGUAUGGGAUGCAGUGCAAGUCUGAUAUCGGUCAACAUUGUCCAGAACAUAUUCAAGACUCAAAAGAAUUUGUAUGCCCUUGUCAUAGCAUCAGAGUCGUUGAGUCCUAAUUGGUAUCCAGGAAAUGACAGAUCCAUGAUACUAGCAAACUGUUUGUUCAGAUCAGGUGGUUGUGCGAUUCUUUUGACUAAUAAGGUGGCUUUGAGGAACAAAGCCAUGUUUAAAUUGAAAUGUCUAGUGAGAACUCAUCAUGGAGCAAGGGAUGAAGCCUAUGAUUGUUGCAUACAGAAGGAGGAUGAUCAAGGCCGCGUAGGGUUUCACCUCGGCAAGAAUUUGCCAAAGGCAGCCACACGUGCUUUUGUCGAUAAUUUGAAGGAAAUAGCACCCAAGAUAUUGCCUAUCAGAGAGCUUCUACGGUUCACGGUAGUUUCUUUCAUCUGGAAGAGGAUGAGAAGUAACACCAAAGAUGGAAGCAGCAGCAGCAGCAGGCCAGUUAUUAAUUUCAAGGCUGGUGUGGAACAUUUUUGCAUUCACACCGGAGGAAAGGCGGUGAUCGAUGGGAUAGGGCAGAGUCUGAAUCUGACCGAGUACGAUUUAGAGCCAGCAAGAAUGACUCUCCAUCGAUUUGGGAAUACUUCUGCUAGUAGCUUGUGGUAUGUUUUGGGGUACAUGGAGGCUAAAAAGAGGCUGAAGAAAGGUGAUAGAGUUUUUAUGAUUAGCUUUGGAGCUGGAUUUAAGUGUAACAGUUGUUUGUGGGAGGUGGUAAGAGAUGUGGGUGGUCGGAAUGCAUGGGAAGACUGCAUUAAUAGCUAUCCACCUAAAACCCUAACCAACCCUUUCUUGGAGAAGUACGGGUGGAUCCAAAAUCAUGAGGAUCCAGACACCUUUUACGUUCCUGAAGACUAUGUCAUCCCAUGACUCUUCUUUUGAUCAUUGUAUUGUUAACACUUUUCAAUUAUUUUCCUUUUCCUUUCUUAAUUUUUUCCAUGAAUGUCAAACAAAAAGCUUUUACAGUUUUAUUUUCAUUUGCGGAUUCUUUCUCAUCAAAUAGUAGGAGAUGUGGCUCCUUGUAUUUGGGCAAGAAGUUUGCUAUAAUUCUUGCUUCAUAUUUUCUCGACUUGUAUACAGUAUAUGUGGUACAAAUAUAGAUAUAUAGCUUCCAUUUUCUGCUGGAAUGUAGUUCUUGGUAUCAUUGAAGAGGGAACCAGAGGAUCAUCAUGUCCUUAGAGGCAAAUAAAGCGACAUGUUACUGAUUA